AUGGACCAGGUGACUCUCUUGACGCCGGCACACGGCGAGGCCGACCUGUCUCUCGGCACGGCCAACACCCUCCUCAGCGCGCUCACGCCCACCUUUGUGAAUGCGCUCCGCUUACAGCGCAUGAUCCACGCCGUAUCGGCCUUCCUCUGCUUCCAGGCAUAUAUUCUCGCCUGCACGACACUGUACGCCAGCAAGAUCGUCGCCCUCAACGGGUGGCUCGCGACCAAGGUCAGCGCGUCCACAUCGGCCACGUGGGUGUGGUACGCGUGGGAGAGCCAGACCUGCCGCGCCCUGAGGAAGAAGGCUUUCCAUGAGGUUGCGACGUUCAUCCUCGGGGGAGGCCAGACGGUGUUCCUCAUGGUCUUUUGGCCUGGGUGGCUCGUGCUGGGCCCGGUGGCGGGCGGUGUCUGGAUGAUGGUCGGUUGA